ACUGGAGCAAUUUUGCAAGAAAGCAGCCUCUCUGAAUGGCCUGAGGCUGCAGGCAGCUGGCCAAGCCUCCCGCUAUAAAAGGGAGCAGAUACUCAGUCCUGAAGGUCCUUUGUCAACCGGUUUCAGGGACAUCUGGUGAACAGAUCCUUGGGCACCAUGCUGACUGAUCUGGAGAACGCCAUGAACUCGUUCAUUAAUGUCUUCCACGAGUACUCCCUGGAGAAGGGGAAUUACCAUGCCCUCUACAGGGAUGACCUGAAGAAAUUGCUGACUACGGAGUGUCCUCACUACAUGAAGAAAAAGAAUGCAGAUACCUGGUUCAAAGAGCUGGAUAUCAAUUCAGAUAAUGCGGUUAACUUCGAGGAGUUCCUUGCACUGGUGAUAAAGGUGGGUGUGGCAGCCCAUGAAGAUUCACACAGAGAGUAGCAGAGCUGUCAGGCCCUGGGCCUGGGCCCCUGGAUAUGUACCUGCAGAAUAAUAAAGUUACCAAUACCUCAGA